AUGCAUGGGUACACCAACUUGCUCUCCCUCUCUCUACUAGGGUUAACUACUACUUAAUCAUUUGGCUCAGAAAUUGGGGCAGGGCUGCAUCUAUUCUCCUAGACAAGUAGAAUACGCGAGCUAACUAGCUAAUUCCUGCUGAGGCCACCGUGCGCACCACCUUUGCGCUUUUACCGCCGGCCGUCCGGCCAACAUAUGGAGUCCAACGGUGGCGAGGGAGAGGGCAACAUCGACCUCAACCUCUCCCUGCAGCGGGCCUCGUCGCCGGAGUGGUUUGGUUACUUCCCCUGCUCCUACUGCGACAAGAAGUUCUACUCCUCCCAGGCGCUAGGCGGCCACCAGAACGCCCACAAGUCCGAGCGCAGCGCCGCCAAACGCACGCGGGAGCUGGCCUACACGCGCCGCCAGGGCCAAGUGGGCCAGCUCGGUGAGGCCAGCAGGAGAGAGAAGGACCCGGCCAGCAAUGCCACCGGGAGCUCCUCGCACAGGAGGGCGUCCCCGCCGGAGGCGGCUCGCCGGGACCUCAUCAACGAGGAGAUCGAUCUGUCCCUCAAGCUCUGAUAUUAGUUGCUCAUUGCCUACUGGAUCGAGGUUUUUGUAACUGCAAACUUCUGGUCGAUUCUCCUUAUUAUUAUUAUUUUCUUGAUGCUGGUCAAUUCCUCUUCUCUUGAUUCUUCUGGAGUAGUUCUCAGUCGGUGAUUGCCUAACGACGAGCUUCUGAGAAUAUAUCUGGUUGAUCUCUAUGACUCCAUUCAGUGCGUAGAUUUAUGUCAGUCAACUUUAACAUCUGUAUUUC